UACUGCGAGGAAUAGGAUCUCUUUCCCCAUCGACACCCUUCCAGAUCACACAACGGCACCAUCUAGAAAAAAAUCACACACCGGCGGGCUCGCCGCCGGCCGCCUCCUCUGUCCUCUUCCUGCGGCUUCUCCUGUUGCCCCCACCUCCCCCGGCGGCCUGACUCUUGACUCGGCCAGUAGCGAAACUCCGUCUCCAAGUUGUUUGCCGUACGUCCAUCCUGCGCCGCGCGACGGCGCGCCUUUUCCUCCCCGCUUCUUCCCAUCAGACAGCGUCUCCUACGCCUCCUCCGGUCUGCUUCUCUCCAUACAGGUAUUUGUCAAUCAUGGUGUUCAGCAAGGUGGAAGUGAACUUGAGAAGGCUGCUUGAGGCGGCCCCCCGCCAGCAGAAUCAGGCUAAGCUUGUCCAUUACAUAACCACAGCCAGAGAGCUGUUGGAGCAGCUUGGAGCUGAAAUUACACCAGAAGGAAUAUCAAGUGUUUCAAAAGCUAAGCUCAGUGAGUAUUCAGAAAAGAUUGAAGCACUAGCUGCCACACUUGCUUCUCUAGUGCCAGAAAACGAAAAUCUGGUUGAUGAGAGUAGCGAACAAGACAGCUCUUAUGAAAGAGAAAAGGUUGGGAGCCCAAUAUCCUUAUCAUCAGGAUUGCGGAGGAGAUCGACGGCUCAGAUGGAGGUUGGACCAAGCAGUCAUCAGAGGAAAGAAACAGAUACUGGAGCACCUAUUAAAUUGGAUGCAGAAGCUCAGGCUCACAUUGAGAAGCAUAGGAAGCUGCAAGAAGAUCUAACUGACGAAAUGGUUGACUUAGCACGCCAGCUGAAGGAGAGUAGCCUUUUAAUGAACCAGUCCGUGCAAGAUACAGAGAAGAUCCUCGAUUCCACAGAGAGAGCCGUGGAGCAUAGCCUGGCCAGCACCGGCCGUGCAACGGCGCGAGCCUCAGAGGUCUACUCUCUGGCCUCCAAGACAACCUGCUUCCAGUGGUUGCUCAUCUUUUUAAUGACGUGCAUGUUUGUCAUGGUGGUUCUCCUCAUACGGAUCACCUGACAUCGCCAUGGCGUGUCACCAGUGGCCGCUAAGAUAGUACUGCAGUCUUGUAGACAGUCCUUGUACGAAGAUAAACUUGAACCUGUGUUCCAGACGAGCAUUGCUGCUCAACAUCGUUAUGCAGUUUGCUGAAGAAAGAUGUCCCAUUGGGAGAAUGCCAUCGGCUCA